ACUCCUAUGGUAGGUGUUCCUUUACUUAUUUUGAGUAGUAUCUAUACACCAUAUAAUUUUAACUCCACUUAAUUCCAUGAUGAACGAAGGUGUUCCGAAAAUAAAGUUAAUAAAUAAAACUUUAAAAUUGGUACCAGUAAGCUGUUCAUCAGAGUUUGUUGUUUUCUGAUAUGAAGAUUAAUGAUAUGCCAUGGACAUUUUUAUAGAUCCUUGGGAGGACAAAAAAUCUAAUUGGAAUAGAUACAAUUUGCAAUGGAUGAGUUAGCCCAGACAGGUCUUAUAAUGCACCACACACGAUAACAGUGUACAAGAAGAGAAGAAACAGGCGAAGAAAGUUUGCAGAGUUGAUUGCAUGACAACUGUUGCUGUGGAGAAAGAGAUGGGUUGUUGCAGCGAGUGCCCUGGCUGACCACGAGCUCAUGAUGUCAAUCACUGGAUUGCCUGGCCCGGAAUAUUACAUAGACAGAAUAUUGCUGACAGUUGCGUAAAAUAACAUUCCCACACUCUGCAACGUCUUUGCAACCAAAACCUGGAGACGUGUAUUCUCUCUCACCUUGGACUCUAACUUAGUCGACGACGAGUUCCUCAGCAUCACGCCGACUAGUCAAGAACAACGACGACCAUUUGGAUUCUCCAGGUGAACAAUUGACUUGCCUCUGCAAGUGUUUGUGACGAGUACCACCGGUGGAGCAGGACACUCUCACCUUUUCGCGAACACCUGUGUGAUCAUCUCAAGGAUGUUAUAGCAGUAAUUCCCAGGAUUGUAUACGAGGAUGUGGUAGCUGAUAUUGUGUGAUAUAUCAUGGCACUUACCUGGUGUGUGUGUAUUCUAUCUGUGAUUCUAGCGAGUUGUGUGCAGCCUUCAUUACAACAGGAGAAAUCUACAGUGAGACCGUACUUUAGGAAGCUGCCCGAGACUGUCUUACAACACAUCAUUGGUGAAACCAUCAAGCUACGGUGUCGAGUUCGGGGCCAUCCCAAACCUUUCCUGACAUGGUACAAGGGUGACAAGCUCAUUGACCAUACCAGCAACGAGAGGGUUACGGUGAAUCGCUAUGCGUUGGUCAUUGAAGACGUGCAACAGGAGGACGAGGGGAAGUACGCAUGUCACGGACAGAACCAGCAUGGCGAGGUCUGGGGGAAUUUCACCCUCAAAGUUCGAAAUACAACAAAUUUUGAUGACUACGGAGACGAUUAUGACAGUGAUUACGUUAAUGAACCACAAAUUCCUGGAAAACCAACAUGGGCGAGGAAGAAGGAAGACAUGAAAGACAUCGCGAAGCCAGCCAACUCCUACGUGGACUUUAAGUGCCCUGCAGUUGGAAAGCCCAAGCCUGACAUCAAAUGGCUCUUUGAUGGUAAACCCUUCAAGCGAAACACGUCUGGCCAGAUGUCCAUGAAGGGGUACAAGCUGACUCUUGGCGAUCUGGUUCCUCUUGACAGUGGGAGGUACACAUGCAUCGUCAGCAACACCCACGGCGCCAUCAACUGGACAUAUACGUUACAAGUUGUCCAGCGUCUUCCGCAUGCUCCUAUUAUUAAGGGUCCUAAGAAUCAGACUGUAGUGGUCGGAGAAACAGCCGUUUUCAACUGCAGGAUUUUGCUUAGUGACCUUCACCCUCACAUACAGUGGCUACGACAUUACACUGUCAAUGGCUCGUAUACAACGCCCGAAGGAGACCCUUACGUCAAUGUACUACAGACUCAGAUGUCAAAUGUGAACACAUCGGAGCCGGAGCAAUUGGUUCUACACAACGUGAACAAGGAGACCGCUGGAUGGUACACUUGUGUUGUACAGAAUAGCAUCGGAAUUGAAUAUGGCUCAGCAUGGCUGAAGGUUGUAGAUGAAUACCCAGUGAGCGAAUCCUCGGUGGGCCAAGACGUGGAACAACCGCUGACCGUCUCGAUGAUAGCUGGGGGAUCUGCCAUCCUCAUUGUCGUCGUCAUUAUCAGCAUCGUCAUUGUCUUCCUCUGGUUCCGUCAUAAGCGGCGUCUUAGUAUGCCGUACAAGAAGAGGGUUAUCAUCAUGAGACAGAACGACCUGUACUACCCCAACAGCAAGGACCCAUAUGCAACGGUGCCACUGAUGGUGCCCCAAGUUCGCAUCGAGAACAGCAACUUCAUGAGGCGUCGGCUAUCAUCAGAAUUCACGGAAGUGUCCGAGUAUGAUAUUCCUCUAGACAAGACGUGGGAGUUUCCAAGAGAAAGACUCGUCUGUGGGGAAAGACUUGGAGAAGGAGCCUUUGGUUUGGUUGUCAAGGGCGUGGCCCUUGGUAUUCAGGGAAUGCCAGGAAACACUACUGUUGCUGUCAAAAUGUUAAAGGAGGAUGCCACCGAUCGCGAGAUGACGGAUCUGAUGCAGGAGAUGGAGGUGAUGAAGUUCAUCGGAAGUCACAAGAACAUCAUCAACCUCCUUGGCUGCUGUACACAGAGAGGUCCCCUCUACGUCAUUGUGGAAUAUGCGCCAAACGGAAACCUCCGAGACUUCCUGAAGAAACACCGUCCUCCAAACUCUGGUUAUCCAUGCACUUCAGGAUAUGAGCGGCCAAUCAUCACUGACGAGCUGAGCGACUAUAAACCACUCACGCAAAAAGAUUUGAUAUCAUACGCAUACCAGGUUGCAAGAGGCAUGGAAUAUCUUGCUACUAAACAUUGUAUUCAUCGAGAUUUGGCUGCGCGGAAUGUGCUUGUAACAGAUGACUAUGUUUUGAAAAUUGCCGACUUUGGCCUCACAAGAAACUUGCGUCAUGUAGAUUACUACAGAAAAACAACAGAUGGUCGGUUACCGGUCAAAUGGAUGGCACCAGAAGCACUCUUUGACCGAAAAUACACCUCAAAAAGUGACGUUUGGUCGUAUGGUGUUCUGUUAUGGGAGAUAUUCACACUGGGAGGCAACCCAUAUCCCUCCGUACCAGUUGAGAAGCUGUUCGAGCUCUUGCGAGAGGGACAUCGGAUGGAGAAGCCUCCAUAUGCAUCAAAUGAAAUGUACGGUAUAAUGCACAAGUGUUGGCAGGAGAAUCCCACGUUGAGACCUUCCUUCCAACAGCUUGUGAUGGAGCUCGACAAGAUCCUCACAUCCUCGCUAAAUGAAGAGGCAUACUUGGACCUGGAGCCCGUAGAUGCACCAAUGAGCACGUCGGAUAGUCAGUACUCGUCAAUGUCCCACAGUAGUACAAGCAGUGGCGAGAGCAAUAUCAUCGAGUAGCCAUGUGACUGGUCACGUGAUUGUGUGACCUUCCCCAGCAAGGGCAGCAGCUGAGAGGUGCCACGCUACUACUUGUGUGGAAUCGGCCAAAUUUUGUAACACUGCGGACUUGGGCUGUGUUCUUUGUAAAUAUACCACACACAGUGUAGGGCAACUAUUAGCAACAUGCUAAUAGAUACUACCGCUUGUCAAUCCGGCCAAAGGGAGAAGAAUUUGAGAGUGCUAGUUACUAUGUAUCCAAUCCUGGGAGUUUCUGUGAACAAGACUGAAACUGAGAACUUCACAGGAUUGUGAAAAUUUAUAUACCUCACCAUGAAAGAAUGAGGACCCCACAAUCUUCAGUUGGAACUUGGGCACUUUGUGUUGUGUUCUGGCAGUUUGUGAACAGGGGUUGUUCGUGAACAAGACUAUAUUCCUUUCAGAUUCUUGCUGGAACGUCUCACUGUGUGACUGAGGGGUGACAGGAUGUAAAGAGUACCCCACGAAGAAAUGAGUCUGCCCUGAGCUCAGUCAUUUACAAAGCUGUUGUGUAUAUACUUUAGACUGCUCAAGGAUAUAUAUUGUUGAGUUGAAUUUUAUGAGAAAAUUUAUGUUAUUAUAUUGAGUCCAGAGUUAGAGAAUGUAUAUUUUUUAAGUAGACGCAACUCAUUGGACUGUAAUAUUGUAAUAUUGUCUGUCGCGAGCUUCCAAAACGUGUGCCAAUGAAGUGAAGGAAGGUGGAUUGUCUCCCCUUAGUCCAAACAUUAAUACUUAAUUGCCAGUUUAAUAUAUAAGUAUUAAUAGCCACCGUAAAAAUAUGCUAAUUAAGGGCAGACAAUCCAAAUGCCUCAUGAAUAUAUGCAUUUAAGAAAUUAGGGUCAGCAAUGGGUCAUUGGGUUGAAGGUCAUAAGAUGAAUCGUAGGGUUUUAAUAGGAACUUAAUACUAAUCUUGACUGUCAGAGCAAUGGCAGAAUUUAAUAUCAGUAAGUUUAAUUAUAAUAAAUGUCCACAACAAGAAACUUGAAUCUCUUGCCAACCUGCAUUUAUCUGGACACUGUCAAGCAGCUGUAUUAUAUGUUGCCCGUCAAUGUGCAUUUAAUCAAACUGCAAUUUACAUGCAUUUUUGUUAGUAUCACUGCCAGUGAAUUGUUAUUGUUUUAUGUAAGCAUCGGUUGAAUGAAAUUUAUUUUGUUAACGUAACCAUGGUAACGUUUAGUCAAAGUUCAUGCUAGAUUCUAGGUUUCAUUUUCAUCUCUUUAACAUCAAAUGAAGCUAAAUAUAUUAACCGGCAUAUCAUGACAAUAGGUAUCGAGUUGUUUUUGUUUUUCUAUAGUGCUUAUGGUUCCACAAAUGUGUUCAGUUGUCAUAGUAACAGGUUACCUAGGCAACACAGUAAUGGUGCAUUAUGGGGGUAAAUAUCAUCAGCUUCAGUUUCAUUGCCUAAAUUAUUUAGUCAACAUUCAUUUUGACUCUCUGUUAGUUGUGUCAUUUCCAAGUCUUCCACAUGUUUUGUUUUGUGAAUGAACCGAUAUAUAUUUGGCAGACAAUUGCUCUUUUCAUGUCACCGAUAUAUAAUGGCAUAUCAGACAAUCAUUGGUCGAAUUCGAGCCACUUUUUUCAUCUCAAUACAUGAAAUUGUGUCACUUUUCUAGAUGAAAUAAACAAUUGGACAAAUUUGAUUUCAAAUUGCGAUUUUUUAAUUUAACGGUCAUAAAAACUGAGCAUUUUGAAAUGUUUGGAUGGUAUUAUAGAGCUGUGAAAACUUCAUGUAUUUUGAGGUAUUACUAUAUGCAAAAUCUCUGUCUCAAUGUCUUCCUAAAGCUAGUACUCUCCCAUAAGACAUGUAUUCUAAGCUCAGAAGAUGACUCCAAGCCAAGAUGAGUAAGGGUGGUGUAUAUUAGGAUGAAGAGUGGACUAACCGCACAUGCUUGAUGUGCACUGCGAAAGCUGGACAUGCUUCAAGUUCGUGUGCUGUUUCCCUUCAACUUGUUGCAGCUUCAACUCUACAUUAAUGCUUUGUAUGGGUGUGAAUAUUUCGUGACCUAAAUGGAGGACUUUUCAUGGUGUGAAUAUUUAACUCAGCAAGUGUGCAUUUACUUGCAAUCCAGUUGAAUUACAGAGAAGAGGUGAAUUGUUAAUAUAUACUAGAUGUGGAAUAAAAGGGGCAUGACGCCAGAAGAGUCUUGGACCAGAUGAACAUGGGACAUGUACCUGAAAUUUCGUACAGGGGAACUUAUUCAUGACUUGUGUGUUAUGAAGAUAUUCACCACCAAUACCAGUUAGCAUUUUACAUUAUAUUCACCAGUUCUUGCAUUAGAAGUGCAGAAUACUACUUUCUGCAAGAUAUCUUGUAGAUGGUUCCUCAGGAAAUUGUCACACUGGUUUUUUAAGUAUGAGCUUAAGGCUUAUAUCGUGCAGUUUUAUAUUUUAUUAUUGCAUUUUGUGAAAUUUCUCCAACAACUUUUGCUAAAAGUGGCAACCACCAGACGAAUCACAUUUUUUUAUUUGUGCAAGUUUUUGUUGUGCAAUUAUUUUAAUUAAUUAAGCAAAAGUUAUUGGAGAAUUCCUGGUCACAGUCGCUUAUUGUUUUAGUACUGGCAAGUAUCGCCUGUUCGCAAUUAUUUCAGACAGAUUCAUUUUUAAAAUGGCAUAAUUUAGCCAGUGAAUUUUAUUUUUUAUUUUAGCUGAAUUUCUAGAAUUUUUAGCAAUUCAGACUGAAAUAGGUAUUUAAUGUUUGAAAAUAAGUCUUUUAAGUUCUUUUAUGAGUUUUAGGUGUCAAAAUUGUUAAGGUUUCAAAGUUCAAAUUGCACUUGUUCAAGUUGUGAAUUUUGUGUUCAUGAAUCAUUAAAUGUAUCAUCAUCCAACCACCAUGAAUUAAGUAUCUGAAAGUAUUGCUAUCUCAGUAUUCAAUCAUGAAGUCAUUUGGGAGUUUUCAAAAUGUCAACAUUCAGAUCAGUACUUGAAACAUAUAAUUGGUUUUAGAAUUUGAUGUAAAUAUUUGGGUCUACUAAUUUGUUUAUAUAUUAUGUAAAUUAAUUUGAUUCUGAAUGCAUGUAACAGAGUGUUAAUUGUAAAUUAAUUGUAAAUUAAUCUCUCUAAAACAAGCUAAAGCAAUUGACAGCAUCCUAUCAUCACACUGUUGGUCUAAUGUAAUAUAUUUGUACAAUUGUUGUAAAUUAGAAAAAUAAAACUCAAUCUGUAGAUUA